UGAUCCAAUCAGAAGUGAGCAAAUGCCAAUCCUUCAUUUGAAUACAAGACCUACAAAUACAGUUGCUCCCGGGGACUGUCGUUUCUGUUCGGAGAGACUCGCCAUCAUGCCAGACCCGUCCAAGUCGGCUCCGGCGCCCAAGAAGGGCUCCAAAAAGGCCGUCACCAAGGCGCAGAAGAAGGACGGCAAGAAGCGCAAGCGCAGCCGCAAGGAGAGCUACUCCAUCUACGUGUACAAGGUGCUGAAGCAAGUGCACCCCGACACCGGCAUCUCGUCCAAGGCCAUGGGCAUCAUGAACUCGUUCGUCAACGACAUCUUCGAGCGCAUCGCCAGCGAGGCGUCCCGCCUGGCGCACUACAACAAGCGCUCGACCAUCACGUCCCGCGAGGUGCAGACGGCCGUGCGCCUGCUGCUGCCCGGCGAGCUGGCCAAGCACGCCGUGUCCGAGGGCACCAAGGCCGUCACCAAGUACACCAGCUCCAAGUGAGGCGCGCCGCGGUGCGCCCCGAACCCAAAGGCUCUUUUCAGAGCCACCCACACAAUCGAGAAAGGGUGUCGAACACGGUGAGGGGUUGUUACGUAACCUCCUGUAUUUGCGUGCGCCUUGGCGGCUCCCUGGUUGCAGGGUGCGGCCGGGGCUGAGUCG